CAAACCAACUACCGCCCCGGUGAAUUGAAGAGCCUCCUCUUCUGGUGGCCUCCAUAAAUGAACCCCCUCCGCACGAGGUUCUCUCGGGUCUAUAUAGCCAGCGGCCUCCCGACCACGGCAUGCAACAAUCCAAAUCCCGCCCCUCUAUCGCUCUCUUCUCUGAGGCUCUAAGCUCGUCCCCUGCCUCGGCACGCACUAAAAGUCAGCGCCGCAAGGCCGUCUCGGGUUCAGCCAUGGCUACCAAGCUUCCCCUCUCCUCUCUCUUCCUUCUCCUCGUCCUUCUCCUCUCAGUCGCGUGGAUGCCGCCCAAGGCAAGCGCUCAGCCGAGGACUUGCUCCAUCGAACUGGACUCGACCGGCUGCAGGCCCCAGGACUGCGUUGCAAGGUGCGCUGCCCAAUACCGUGGGAUCGGCGAAUGCGCUCAUCAGGAGUACGUUAGUAACUUCCACUGCGUUUGCCUCUACGCUUGCCUCUGAAAUGGCUCCCUUUCGUUUCUCUCUGCCUCUCCUUCUUCUUAGACUCUAUGAAGCUAUCAGUAAUCAAGAGAGGAGAGGGGGAACUCAAUAAAUUGAUUUGGAAUGCAAGUCUGUUCACUUGCAGAGUACCUUCAGUUCAAAAUGAGAGUGUGUGUUUAAAUUGUUCUUUUGUUUCGAAGAGAGGAAGUGUAACUUGUACUUGGCUUUAGUUUGCUCAUGCUUAUUAAUAAGCUCGUGUUCAAAUCACAAUAUCUCCUGCUUGAGUUAA